UUACACAACAACAACUCCUGAAAAUAUCCCGAACAAAAAAACAAAAGUAAAUAAGAAAAAUAAUGGAAGAGAGCAAAGGGAGCAGAAUAAUCAUGUUCCCUUUACCGUUUCCAGGUCACUUCAACCCAAUGAUCCAGCUCGCCGGAAUAAUGCACCACCGUGGAUUCUCCGUCACGAUCCUCCACACCUCCUAUAACUCCCCCGAUCCUUCUCGACAUCCACACUUAACUUUUCGAACCAUACGUCACAACAACGAAGGAGAAGGAGGUGAUGAUCCUCUGUCUCAGUCAGAAACCUCGCGUUUGGACCUCGUCUCCCUCAUUCGCCUGCUGAAACAAAUGUAUGCAGAGCCGUUUCGUGAGUCUCUUGCGGCGGAAGUAGGUGGAGGAGACACGGUGUGUUGUUUGGUCUCCGACGCGAUCUGGGGAAAGAACACGGAGGAUGCGGCGGAGGAGGUUGGAGUUCGUAGAGUCGUGUUGAGGACAGGUGGUGCAGCGUCGUUCUGUGCUUUUGCCGCUUUCCCUCUCCUUAGAGAUAAGGGUUACUUCCGUAAUAAACAAGGUUCUAGAUUAGAUGAUCUAGUGAUAGAGCUUCCACCUUUGAAAGUGAAGGAUCUUCCGGUAAUUGAAACGAACGACCCUGAGGAACUAUACCGAAUAAUUAACGACAUGGUGGAAGGAGCCAAGUCUUCAUCAGGAGUCAUAUGGAACACAUUCGAAGAUCUUGAAAGACUCUCUCUUAUGGAUUUGAACAGCGAGUUACAAGUUCCGAUCUUCCCUAUUGGACCGUUUCACAAACAUAGCGUCGAUCUACCACCAAAAACAAAGAACAAAGAAGUUUAUGAAACAACCAAUUGGCUCGACAAGCAAGACCCCAAGUCUGUGGUUUAUGCGAGUUUUGGAAGCCUCGCGGCUAUAGAAGAGAAGGAGUUUCUCGAGAUUGCUUGGGGUCUAAGAAACAGUGAACAGCCGUUCUUGUGGGUGGUUAGGCCAGGGUUGGUCCGAGGGACCGAGUGGCUCGAGUCAUUGCCUUGUGGGUUUGUGGAAAACAUUGGAAGUAAGGGGAAAAUUGUGAAAUGGGCGGAUCAAUUAGAGGUAUUGGCGCAUCCUGGGGUUGGAGCGUUUUGGACGCAUUGUGGAUGGAACUCGACACUAGAGAGCAUAUGUGAAGGUGUUCCAAUGAUUUGUACACCGUGUUUCACAGACCAGCUUGUGAACGCAAGGUACAUUGUUGAUGUAUGGCAAGUCGGAAUGAUGUUAGAGAGAAGUAAGAUGGAUAGGAAGGAGAUUGAGAAGGUGAUAAAAGGUGCAAUGAUAGAGGAAGGAGAUGGGAUGAAAGAGAGGUCCUUUGCCUUGAAAGAGAAGGCUAAUCUUUGCUUAAGUAAAGAUGGGUCUUCUUCCAAGAAUUUAGACAAACUUGUGACUCAUGUCCUGUCUUUUGAUAAUAAUGCCUUUGCAAGUUAGAAAAAUUACGAAGAUGCAAUGUUUAAAGCGCUCAUCAAACUUUUUGGAUGUUAUUUCUCUUCAAAUAAUAAUGUUAGUUGUUUAA